UUUCGAUCCAUCGUUCAAUCCUCCUGCUACCCUAUCGCCGCCUACCUCGCCGUCCGCCACAACCGCGCACAUGUCAUCGCCCUGGGUGCUUUUCUCUGGGCUGCCGCCACCUUCCUUGUUGCAUUCUCCUCCACUUUCUUCCAGGUCACCGCUGUUUCUUACGACACAAGUUACAACUCUUAAAUUCAUAUGAAGGGGGAAGAGUGUUUCUAAAUUCGGGAUACCAGGGUUGUAGAAUUUGUAAUCUAGGUCUUUUUCUACCAAAUGCCUAACAAAUUAUGAAUGUGUUGGAAUAUUAGCGGAUGUUUUCUUAAUAUCCGAUCAACUGUUUUUAUCAGCUUAUCUACUUGAAAGGACUUCGAUAAAGUGGCAGUAGUUGAAGGGAGAAAUUCAUUCGAUUCCAUUUAUUUUAGUUUUUUUUACAAGUGUUUAUAGAAAAAAAUAUUUACACAUAAUCAUCUGAGAUAAUUUUAGCGUAUCUUUUGCUAAUGGAAGUUUGUCUGGACUUUAAGCCUCAAAAUUCUGGUAAAAGCAUGGAGUUGGGGAUAUCACCUUAUAAUUUUUCUUUUGUUAUAACAGGUAGCUUUGUCACGAGCAUUUAAUGGAAUUGGCCUUGCGCUUGUAGCACCUGCAAUCCAGUCUCUUGUUGCUGACUCAACUGAUGACAGCAAUCGUGGCAUGGCUUUUGGAUGGCUUCAACUAACAGGCAAUGUUGGUUCGAUUAUUGGUGGCCUCUUCUCAGUGUUGAUAGCUCCAAUUACUGUGUUUGGAAUCCCUGGUUGGAGAAUUUCCUUUCACAUUGUUGGACUAAUAAGCAUUAUAGUAGGUGUUUUAGUAUACCUCUUUGCCAAUGACCCACACUUCUCAGAUAAUGGUAGAAAUGAUAGGAGGCAAGCUCCAAAUAAAACAUUUUGGUCUGAAGUGAAAGAUCUGGUUGAGGAGUCCAAGUCAGUUUUGAAGAUUUCGUCUUUUCAGAUUAUUGUUGCACAGGGUGUCACUGGCUCCUUUCCCUGGUCUGCUUUAUCAUUCGCACCAAUGUGGUUAGAGCUUACUGGCUUCACCCACAACAAAACUGCUUUCCUCAUAGGUCUGUUUGUUGUUGCCAGUUCUAUUGGGGGAUUGUUUGGAGGUAAGAUGGGAGAUAUUCUCUCCAAGCAUCUUCCAAAUUCUGGGAGAAUAAUUCUGGCUCAGAUAAGCUCUGGAUCAGCCAUCCCCUUAGCAGCACUUCUUUUGCUGGGUUUGCCAGAUGAUCCCUCCUCAAUAGUGUCUCAUGCUUUGGUUCUAAUAAUGAUGGGGCUCCUGAUUUCUUGGAACGCUCCUGCUACAAAUAAUCCAAUUUUUGCAGAGAUAGUUCCAGAGAGAUCCCGAACAAGUGUAUACGCCUUGGACAGAUCUUUUGAGUCUAUAUUAUCAUCUUUUGCUCCCCCUGCAGUGGGGAUUUUGGCUCAACAUGUUUAUGGGUAUAAGCCACUUCCUGAAGGGUCCAGUGAAUCUCAAGAGAUUUGGACAGACAGAGAGAACGCUGCAUCAUUGGCUAAGUCUCUUUACACAGCCAUAGGAAUCCCAAUGGCUCUCUGCUGCAUAAUCUACACAUUUCUUUAUAGAACAUAUCCAAGAGACAGGGAACGAGCUAAGAUGAUAGCUUUAAUAGAAUCAGAGAUGCAAUUAAUUGAAUCAGGUGCUUUAGACAUGGAUAAAGAGUUUGAGUCAGAAGAAUUAUCUAUUGCAGAGUAUGAGUAUGAUGGCGAUGGCGAUCUUGAUGGUGAAGAUAACACAUUACUCUACGGGCAGUUGACAUUUUCCAAAGAAUAGUUAGAAACACAUCACUUUUAGAUGUUUUGCCAAAUGAUAUUUUAUGUCCCAACAGAGACAGGUUUCAGGUAUAUACUACAUGGUGAAGAAUUUUUUAGAACUACAUUUUGAUCAUUUUUGUGCUUCAAUCAUACAGGAACUGUUAUACAUGAAACUAUAUACGUUUUCAUAGCUAUAUCUCCCACUCUUUUGAGGGAAUAAUUCCCCGUUGUACGUAAUUCAACUUUGUAAACUUUAAUACUUUGGAUAACACUGAGUGUAUAUUUGUUUGUUUUGGCUAAUGUAAUUGACAUUCUAAUUUCUUAAAUAUCAAGUGCGGUGUGACUUACCUCGGCAAGUCAAAUAUGAGCACAGAGACAAGGAUAAUUAGAAGAAAAAGGAACAUAAAUAAUAGAUAAAAGCAACUGAAGUUCAGAGAUGGAGAGAGUAAACGAAUAGUUCUAAAUUCUUGUGCAACAUCUUUCUAUUAAUCUUACUUUUUAUAAUAAAACUUGAUUGCUUUUCUGUUUUUAGAAUAUGAAAUGUAUUUCUUUAUUUUAUUUAAUACGCUCUCUAUAAGAUGGUAAAAGUAUUUGCCAGAAAAUGUAACGUUUCUCAUUAUUUAUUUUUAAAAAAAAUAUUAAAUAUGCAAUUCUUCACAACUUCACU